AAAAAAUAAUUAUUUUUCUUGAUUUAAUUGAAUUAAAAACCUUUAAAAUCGAUAUAAUACUAGUUUAAGUUAAUCAAAUGAGUAAAAGAGGACAUCAAGGACAGGUCUAUCAUCGAGGAAUCGAAAAAUAAAGGCAUUAAAUAAGGAAAAUAAUGCAAGAAAUCUAAAAAUAAAUAUAAGAUUGUGAUAAAGAGAAGAAAAAUUAAAUCCACGUAUAUGUUAUGCUUACAAAAAGCAACGACGACGAUCAGAACAGUUCAGACAUCAAUCCAGUUAAAGACAAAAUUAUCAGCGAUGAGAAUCAAUUAGAUGUAUCAAGCCGUAGUUCAUCGAUAGAUAAAUUAAAUUCAAAUAGUCCAAUUAUGAAAAUAUUUUCCUAUUCAAAAGAAUUGGUGCUGAUUUUUGCUUUUAUACUAACAACAAUUGCAACGAUACAGAACAAUUCGGGACCUAAAAUUACUCGCUCACCGCCUCCUGUUCCGUUCUUCUCAAAAGGAUCAUUCGUUGAGGAUUACUAUUAUGGACAGCUAUAUCCAACACAAACUAAAGUGACGUUAUCUGAACUCUCCUUUGUAUUCUAUUAUGCAGCUUGGUCCGCAGAGAGUCAAAAUGCAAGAUCUGCUUAUGAGCAUGUUUCUCGACUGUUCUACAAAGAGGCUUAUUUCUCAGCUAUAAAUUGCUGGCAACCAAAUUCAGAAUGUCGACUUCAGUACAGCAAAAUCAUCAGUUGGCCCAUUCUUAUGGCAUAUACAAGGAAUGGGUUUGGUGUGCAAUAUCAGAAGAAUCUAUGGACGGAAUCGGCACUUACGAAAUUCGUAACAUCAAUGUUGAAUCCAAUAAGUCGUUUGACAUCACCAGAAGAGUUGCUUGACUUCAUGUCUAGUCGUGAUUGUGUAGUUGUUGCAUUUAUUGAUCAUGAAGCUCAUCCCAAGCAGUACAGUUCCUUUUAUCGAGCCGCACUUAAAUUUAUUGAAAAGGAUCCAUUCAGUGAAGUUGGUUUUGGAAUUGUUCUUGGACAAACAGGCACAGAAUUUGGAGUUGAUCAAGUUCCAGCUAUUCGUGCAUAUCUUUGGAAUGAGACAUUAGAAUAUAAUGGAAAUAUAACAUGGAUGAGUAAGGACAUAACAAAAUGGAUUCAAGAAAAUAUCCAGCAAGUGUCACUUUAUUUGUCUCCACCGGGAAUCAAGUCUUCAUCUUUAGCACCAUACAUGAAACAAGGACCUAUUUUAUUGCUAUUUACCCCAAGAAAUUUGUAUUUAGAUUUUUCUGAUUCGUAUGUGAUGUUAAGGCAAAUUGGAAUGGAAUAUUAUAAUUGUAAGGAUGAUGACUGGGUACAUGAAGUUGCCCGUGACUAUCUGUUGCAUAAACGCAUACAAAAUCGUGAAAAAUUAAAAGAAUUACAAAAACAAUGCUACAAACAAAUUCACAUGUCUUAUCAGUCAAAUGAACCAAUGAUCAGUAAGUGCAAUAAGCCACUGACAUCGAGUGUGUCCUAUUUGAGUGUUUUGAAUGCAUCCAAGAAUCUAGAUUCGAAGAAAAUGUCAAACUUUUGUGAAUUAAAUGAGCCAAUGUCAUCAAAAUGUGAAUGUUUAUCCGACAGCUGUAUAGAACCGAGCCACAACAUGUAUACAUCCGAAAGUAAUAGCUUUGCUUCAAACAGUAAAUACAGCACAUCAAUGCUGGAUAAUAAGAAUGAUGAAAAGUCACCGGAAGCAAUAAACAAGUACAAUUUAAGAAGGGAUUGUCAAAUGAUCAGACUAGCUGAAGAACGAAGUGAAAUACAGUUUAUAGACGAUAAAGACACAACACCAUUAAAAUUAAUUUCUGGAUUAGGCUGCAAAUCAAAUAAAACAUUCACACUUAUAUCUAUGGACAGUGUUAGUUUUCAUACAUUUGCUGAACGUAUAGGUGUUGAUAUUUUAGAACUUGAAAAUAAGACAGCAGCAAUGAUUAUGGAUCAAGAUAAUGAGUCAACAUAUUUACUGGACGAGCCAGUAUCGCUAAGCUCAUUAUCGAGAUUCAUUUACAGUUUUCAUCGUGACGGUCUUCAAAGAUUUCUCAGAACCAAUAGCAUCCAAUACAGACACACUCAUUUCUUUGAUAUCAAUCAGUUCCUCGUCGUUAAGUCACAAGAAACUAUAAAAAUUGAAAAUAAUGAGUUUUCAAACAAGAAAAAAUGUCGUGCAAGUGAUGUUAAGCAGGAAGAUAGCCACAUUGUGAUACGAGAAAUUAAUUCUGAAGAUUUCGAUUCUGUUGUUAUCAAGUCUAAUAAGACUGUUGUUAUUUUAUUUUACUCCACAAACUGUGCCUUCUGCUCGAUGAUGUCUCACAGUCUACUGACGGUGUCAAGAAUACUAUACAAAAUGCCAAAUAUCGAGUUUGUGAGAAUUGAGGGAGAUAAGAAUGAUUUAGCAUGGCAAUACACAAUGGCUGAAUUUCCAUCAUUACUAGUCUUCCCAAGUCAUUCAAAGUCAGACAGCAGAAAGUUCUCAUCAAAAAUGCCAAUAAAUGUCACAAACGUUUUAGGUUUCGUAUUAGCAAAUCUAAAUCGAUCGUACAGAUUAUUAGGCUUGGUUAUGGCAUGUAACUACAAGAGGCAGAACUCAACCAACGACUGCAUAUUAGCAAUUCAGGAGGAAAUAACAGACACAAUCUCGUUUGCAUUACGCGAAUGGCGGAAACAUUCAAGAAAACGUUCAGCAACACUGCGUAUAAUAAAACAGCUGAAAGAAAUUUACCUCAGACUAUUUAGAAUAGAAAACUCAUGCAAUUUCAUAGAAGUUGAGCGAGAUGUAUUCCAUUUAAUAAGACGAUGGCAGAAGGCAAAAAUUUUCUGAUGAAUACAGGCUGAUUAAACUCUUUUUUUUUUUGAUAUUCUGUAAUCUUAUUUGGUUCUGAGAAAGUUUGUGGUAAUUUGUGAUCAUUAUAUGGACUUGUAAGUUAAAGAUAAAACUGUUUAUAUUAAGGUUGGUUGUUUUCUUUAUUUUUGACAAUUAUCUAUAAGAAUAAGGUUGUCAGGACUCGUAUUUUCAUCAUUCAGAUGUUCUAAGUCUCGUUUUGAUGUUUUACAAAAUUCUAAAAAGAGCUAGUUAUCAACAUUAGUCGAAGAUCGAUCUAUUCUUGGAUAUACCGAGCAACUCACUACUGCUGUCUAUCCUGAUAAUGUUUCACUUGUUUCCAACAAACUCUCAUGAACUUGAAGGUCUUUUCAAAUACUCAUUAUAGCCCAAUUUUCAUAAUAAUGAAUGGAAUUACAAACUUGUUUAUUUUGUCGAACUACACAAAAACUACCAAAAAAAAUCUCACAUUAACCUCUAAAAGAGAACUUAAUUGACCAUUUGAUAUGAAGGCAUUUCCAUAUAUUGAUUACAGCUAAUGGGUUUUGAUAAAAACUUAACUUAAUUACACAUUAUCAUUCACUUUCCUGUGAACACACGCAGUGCAUGGAAACAAAAUUGUUGCAAAAUUGCGUCCUAAAUCGAAAAUGAUAUAAGAAAGGGAAUUUUGAAAAGAAGCCAAAAAGGCAUUAAUCAUCAUUCCAUAAAUUCCAAUUCUUAUUUCAUUCAUUCAUUCAUUCAUUUUGUUAAUAAUGUUAUUACUAUUGUGAAAGCGAGU